AAUCAAAAGUAGAGACCACAAAAACUCACGAUUUCGAUCAAAACUAAAUUAAAAUAAACAAAACUAGAGAUGCUUUUCUUCUGGAUCACAAUCAUAACUAUUGCACUAUACGCUUAUACUUCAGCUUUUUUUUCCUUUGAAUCUCUUUUUUAACAUGUACUCUUUGUAAAUGAGUCAUGUGGUUUUUGAUUCUAAAAUAAUUCAACUUUUCUUUUUCUUCUACACCCAGCUUUUAUAUAAUCAACCUCACAUGUGUGUACCCAUUUCUCAAUUCCCAAGUUCCUUUUAUCCAGGAUUGUUCAGAAAAACACGUAGAGAGAGAGAGAGAGAGAGAGAGAGAUGGGUGUUACAGGAGGACUAGUUAGAAGCAUUUUCUUCAGAAACAAAUCAUUUGGGACUCAUGACUACACCAACAAUGGAAGAAGCAAUCUAGGAGAGAAGAAAAGAUGGAGCUCUGUAAGAUCAUACCUUUGUGGAGAUGAAUUCAACUCUGUUCUCGCUGUGGAUGACUCAGGAUCAAUAAAAGAUUCUCUAGACCCUCUUCUUACAAUAUCCCAGCAACUGAGUUCUGAUUCGGUUCUGGCUAUCCAAGAUUCAGCUUCUGUGAAAUUACAUCAGGAGGAGGAUUCUGUAUCAGGUAAGAACUCAGAGGUUUCAGUAACUCAGCAUUUACACAAAGAAGAACAAAGCGAAGAAGCAACAGAGACGCACAUACCAAAGAGGCAUCAUCAGACUACUCUAAUCUCUAAGCUGUUCCUCGAAGAAGACGCUGCAAUCAUAAUUCAAUCAGCAUUCAGGAGUUACCUGGCAAAACGUGGGAGCAAAGAAGUGGAAGAAACGUUUGAUAAGGAGGAGAGCGAGGAAUCACAAGGUAAAGUAUCCAUGGGGACAUCACUAGAAGUUCAGACAUGUAGUUCCGUGAAAGCACCUUUCCUUGGAAGAAAACGAGUAAGAACAUUACACAAGAACAACACUCAAGUUCUGAGGAUAAAGGAAGAGUGGGAUGAUAGCACAGUGAGCAGUACCAUAUCAAAGUCGAGGAUUCAAAGCAGAAUUGAAGCAAUGACAAAACGGGAGAGAGCACUUGCAUAUGCAUUUUCACAGCAGCUAAGGAUUUGCACAAAGAAGAAGCAAGUAGAACGCAACAGUGAAGAUGAAUCAAACAUCGGUUGGAGCUGGCUAGAGCGCUGGAUGGCAACUCGUGCACCAGAGAUUGAGGCCAGAACAAACAUUCAAGCAAAUGUGACGGUGAAAAGUCAAAGAUUGGUUAGAAAGAAUAGAUCUUUUAGUACUAGUAUAGGUGGCGAGCUGGAGAGUUGUGCCUCCAACGAUAUUCCUCUCCAAUUUGAAAGCAUAUCGGAAGAGGAAACAGAAGACUUGCAGAGAGAAAAGAGCAGUGUUAAAGCUAGCAAAUCUGUUCCAAGCUACAAAAACGAGAGAAGGCAUAACAGGCUUCAGGCGAGGAAAAAAGACAUGCAACAACAAACUAAGAAGGCCAAGACCGCACCCAAAAUGGGAAAUGAACACGAAGAAACCUCGCGGAAGAUAAAUAGCAGCAGCUAAAGAUGAUAAUAGUUACCUGUAAAUCUUUGCUGCUUGUUUUUACGAAUCUGAUAACAACAUUCUGUAAAUUGUUUGGGGGAUCAAAUGAUAUGAGAAAUAUUCAUGUUUUCA